UUGACGAGAAAGAGAAAUACUUUCCAGAUUUAAGGGAAAUCAAGACUCAUGAUUAAAGUUCAUUUUCCCCCUUGUUUUCACAAAAUUGUCAAGAUUUAACUUUGUGAAAUGUUUUCGUGGUCAGACUCGGCUGUCUAUGGCGCAUCAGUCACACCCACAGGACGUGACAUACAGCCAGGUCAAACCCUGAUCAGCAGCUCAUCCUGUUACUCCAUUGUGGAGUUCAUAGGUGAAGGCUGUUUUGGCCGAGUAGCCAAGUGCAAGAACCUAAGCACGGAUGAGAUUGUGGCCUUGAAGAUCAAGAAGGACAUAGCAUAUGUGCAGGACAAGGAGAAAGAGGUGUUCAUGUUGAACGUCAUCGGCAUCCUAAAUUCAGACCACACUAAUAUAGUCACGUUCUUUGAGCGGUUCGAGUACAUGGGGCAGAUCUGUCUUGCAUUUGAGAUGCUGGACGGGCACCUGUAUCAGCUGCUCGAACAACGUGGGUGGAAACCUAUGGCUAUAAAUGAGAUUCGACCCAUUGCAAAACAGCUGUUGGGGGCCUUGGAUGCUCUAAAGGGUCUUGGUGUCAUGCACACAGACAUUAAACCGGACAACAUAAUGUUGGUGAAUAGGCAUGACCAGCCCCUCAGGGUGAAAUUAAUUGACUUCGGUGCAGCCCUUCUUGCCUCCGACGUCCAGCUUGGGAUGGAUAUUCAGCCGCUGGGGGCCCCUGAAGUUGCCCUCGGCCUCCCCUUCACAGAGGCAGUUGAUGUGUGGGGGGUAGGCUGCGUCCUGGCCUACCUCUAUCUGACUGAUAACCUGUUUCCUGUAGACUGUGAAUACCAGAUUAUGAAGAGCAUGGUGGAGGUGCUGGGUCUGCCAGAGGGCCACCAGCUCCGUGCUGGCUUAUUCAGCGAGUGUUACUUUAAACUGGAGAAGGCUGGUGACAGUCGAAAAUGGAGGCUGAUGACACCUGAAGAAUAUACCGCUGCCAACAAUAUGAAGCCAGUGGAGCAGCGGAACAGCCUCAUUGAGCUUCCCAGCUCUCUGGACGCCCUGGUUCAUAUCUAUCCAAAAGGGGAGGCUGCUGAGCUUGAGGACCGCAGGGAGUUUGUGCAUCUCAUGAAAGGGUUGCUGCAUAUUGACGGGGAUCGGAGAAUCUGUCCCCGUCAAGCUAUGCAGCAAUCCUUCAUCACGAUGGCUCACCUCAUAGAACACCUCGACAGCACAGACUAUCUCACCCGCUCCCGGACUUUCAUGAGUGGCUGCCAAAGGGAGGACUCCAUAGACUGGGUACCCAGCCCCACAAAAUCAACCGCUGGGUUAGCCGUCGGAGAACCACCAUCUGUCUCCAGCUCUCAAGCCACCAUGUUGUUCCAUGCAGGCUCACAUGAGGAUACUACCAACACUGGGUCAGACUCCACUGCUGCAGCCAUAGCCUCCUCCAGUCGCUCAAGGAAAAUGCUGAGAAGAGCUCAAAGACUCCUCAAUCGAAUCACAGCUACCUGUAACUCCUGCUGCAAAACAAGAGUGGAGGAGUGAUUUCUUCUUGCUUUUUGGGGUUUGCUUUCUUGAGCACAUUUAUUUGUACUUUUCUUUUUUUCUUUGAAUACUUUUUUUUAAUACUUGUUAAUACUUGCAGUACUUUUGAACUGUUUUGUUUACAUCGUAUACUUUACUUUGUACCUUCUUUUUGAUCUUUAUUUCUGUGCAAUACUUUUUUGACCGUUUCAAAUAUCUUUAUUGAGAAGCAUGUGCACGGCAACAGCUUCAGUCAAAUAGGUGAUCAUGCCAAUGGGUGAGAUCUCUCUUUACUCACCACUCGUUCCUUUCUACAGGUCAUCUUGCACAUUAUCAAUUGUUUGUACGUGUUCAUUUUGCUAUAACAACAUUGCUAAUGUAACAUUACUUCACACAGUAUCCCAGGUUUGUUUGUGUUAGCACCAUGUGAAAAUUCACAUCGAAGCAUAUAGGUAUCACAAAGCACAGACGUGCAUGUUUUUCAGUGAAGCUUUGUAUCGGAGCUCGAUUCCGUCUAUCCAAAAUCAUGUGACAAAUGAUAUCUGAUGCUUCGUUUCACACACACACACACCCAUGAAACUGCUUCAAAAUCUGAUUCAAAGGUUAAAAAAUGCACGAAACAUGGCCCUCGUGUGUUUGUUUCGGUGUAUUGGGUUGUGUUGUAUUCCGAGAGUUAGGUGCUACAGUACAUUGCGGAGGUCUGUACUUUGAUGCAGGAUUUGCGAUUCUUGAGGUAACUUCAGGUUUAACCCUGGGUUUUCCAUCCUAUGAAGCUGGUUCUAUUCUUAUCGGGGUAAAUUGCCAUGGUAACGGCCUAACCUGCUCCGGAGCAGGUGAAGUUGGAUAUCAAAGUCAGUCACCAGUCCAGCUACUGACCAAUCAGAUGAAAAUGUUGGUUCAGAAUAUGAAUUGGAUUUUCACUUCCUAGGGCUGUUGAGCGCUUGCUGUUUCAGACUUUCCAUCUGUCCACUCGUUUUAAAACAGUUUCUAAUGAAUAGAGGGAGAGUUUAUCACACUCAAUAAAUACAAAGACUUGUUUAUAAUAGAGCUUCAUUUGAGUUCAAUAAAGAUUAUUUGAUUCCCGACAGAAUCUCUGAGAGUGUUUUACAUUCUUAUUUAAUAACUGCGUUUCGGAACAACACGAGGAGACUGUCACAGUAAAUGGUAAUAAAAAUGUAAUGAUGUUAUUUAUUAUUUAGUGGGGCGCUGUUAUUUAUUUGACGGACAGAGAGAUGAUGUGUAGAACCGGUUCAGGAUUUGGGUGUUGCAGAGUUGGCUGAUCAGGGCUGUCGGCAGGAAGGCAGACUGGCAGGGGUUAGACUCAAUUCACGCAAAACAAGGGAAAUACUGGGAGAGAGAGUAGGCAGGGAAACACAGAGAAUGAGAGGGACACUGCCCGACCCUGACAAUAAUAGUUUGACCAUCGUCAGACAAAAGGGCAAAAAAUAUUCAUUCAACAGUAAACUUGAUAAAUUCCUUUGCUUAAUGACACUAUAUUUUUAAUCUGACUUUGUCUGAGUGGUUCUUUCCUGUUUUAUAGUUGUUCGAUCAUAUUAUUAUUAUUUUCAUUUCACUUGAUUGCACCUGCAUUUUAUUUACAUUCCCCAUUAAAGAGUUGUAUUCGUUUACCUUUGCUAUGUUUAAUGUUUUUGAGUGACUUUGAGUAUGCAAUAAAAAAAAAUAUUUAUUAAUCAUUUCUAUCCAU